AAAUUACUAAUGAAAGAUGAAUUAGGCUUUGUCUCUGACAACGAUAUCGCAGAGAUCAUGAUUGAGACUGAGAGAAAACAGUAUAGUCGCAAGUCGACUAUUAUGUCCAUCCUCAUGUCUAACAGAGGGAGCUCGUUUGACGAUUAUUCAGACGAUGACUCAGAGCUCUCUGACUCAGUCUCUUUUUCAAAUACCGGUGUUUCAAGCGAGUUUAUGUACUGACAGUUGUGAGAUGAGUGUCAAAAGGGUCAUUAUAAUAACUGUGAAGUUUAUUCUGGGAAUAAUAAGUCAGCCCACCCAGGUGCUCAGGAUAUUAGAAAUAAUAAUGCAAGGAGGAGGUCAUUUCAAAGCCGUGGGAGUAAAAUAAAAUUGAAUUACUAUGACAAAAUUGAUAAAGCUAAUUUUCUUCCUGAAGAAAAAAGGGUUCAAAAACAUUCAGUGAAGAGUAGUGACUUCCUGAAGCUGCACAGAAUGAAAAAUCCAGUGCAUGAUGGAGAUAGAGAAAACGCUAUAAGCAUCGCUAAGAACAUCACUGUAGAGAAUUUGAAAUAAGGUCGAAAAGCUCAACGAAGAGAGAAAGAAAAGGAGUUAUUACGAAAUCAAUCUCAACAACAAGGAACUGUACAGCAUAGGUCAGCUGUCUGAGCAAGAAUUGCUAAAAUAACCCAACUGAUCCAUCAACUUCUUCUAUGAAUGGAAUCCCACUAUUUAGCCUAAAGUCAUCACCAUAUUCCAGGAAAUUCAAAAAGACUCAAGAGAUAUUGAAAUAAGGUGAGAAAAGUCCAACAGAAGGAAAUUAAGGAGAUAGCGAUGAUAAAAUAAGCUAAAGGAUACGCUUGCUGAACAAGCGAAGAAUAAGAGUCAUCUGUUACGUAAAGACACCCAGUCGACCAUUAUGGAAGAAGAGGAAGAUAAUAUCUCUAUUUGUGGUUACUCAAGAAGAAGUAGCCUGAAGAAGUAGCCUGAAGAAGAUGCCAAUGAAGAUAAGUGGAAUAAAAAUUCCAAAAUUUAAGGGUCAAGUUGAUAAAGAUGGGAUGACAGUGAAAUUAUCCUCCAACGAGGACCAGAAUUCUAGUCUUCAGGAAUCUGCUUUUGCUGAAAAGUCCAUCUUGAGCCUUCAAAAAUGAGAUAAAAAUUCAACAGAAAAGAUAGAAGACGAUGAUUUAUUUUAUAGCCAAAUCCGACCAAAGAGUAAAUCAGAAUUGUUGAUAACUAACAAGCAAGCUGACAAAAAGUCUGGCUCUUUUAUAAACCUUAUAUCAAAUGGAAUAUCCCCACUUAUGCCAAAAUAAGAAAAAUAUUAGGAAGAGCCAGAUGGGAACGCUUGUAGAAGAAGAUGAGGGGCUUCCAGUCUCUCAUGUUAAAGAAUCUUCUUCUCACCCAUACAUAUCUGAUUUUCCAGUUGGGAAGAAUAGAGAAAUAGAUCAACGUAGAAAGGCAAAUUCGUUGAAGAAAGUCAGACCUUACCCAAUAAGGUCAAAUACAAAGCCUAUAAGUCAAAAUUCUGAGAUAAAGGAGGACUUGAUCAAUCAUUUAUACGAUAAUGGGUUUAAGAAUUAUAAGAUGAAGCUGAUGGAUAACUUACAAGAAGCUCCAGGAGCUCUCUCGAAUGCAAAGAGGUUAUGCCAGAGUAGUUCAGAAGAAAGCAAGAUAUUAGAGACCAAUAAGAUAAACAAGAUCAACAAGAAGCCGAUCAUGAAAUUUAAGGUUUAUAAGAUGCUGCCCAAAGUGCACAGACCAGGUGCUAGUAUAAAACUCAAAAGCACAGGUAGAAGCUCAGUGAAGAGCAAUUUUAGAAGCUCAGGGAAGAUCUCUCAGAACUCAGACCUGGAAGGAAUUCUGAAACAGAAGGAUUCACCAAAGCAGAAGGAAGCCAACUUUGCUGAUAAGUUUUCUCACAAGAUUGCACUGAUACUCCAUCAAAAGAUGAGAGAAGAGCAUCUCUUAAAAAUUCAGAAACCCCGGAAGAAGAGUUCAAAGGGAAAAUUGGAACCAGCAGAGGACCUGGAGAUCGAAAAACUGGACAAAACUGUAAUAUCUCAAAAAUUCCAGGAACUAUUUGGAGACAUCCUAAACAUAGCAAAAUCUGAUGAUAUUCAGAAAAAUAAUGAAAAUAUGAAAGAACAGGACAAUGGCUCGUUAGAGCGCUCUGGCUCAAAAACUAAGAAAAAUCUUAAAAAUCGGAAAAUUAUUAAGAACAAUAUCGGGAUCAAGAAAUUACCAAGAAUCACUAGGAAUAAAAAUAUCAAGAUUGGCUCAUCUCUGAAGAUCCCCAAAGCCUUGCAAGCAAGACGAAAUGAGAACUCCUCAGUCCCUGUGAAAUCCAAGAAGAAGAUGAUAUGUGAGAAUUCGUUAAUAAAGCUGAACAAAAUCGAAACAAAAUCUGAUGACGACUUAUCAACAAGCCAGAAGAAGAGGACAUUGAAUUCUAAAAGUAUCGCAGCUCUAAAGACGAGUGGAGGAUCCAAAUAUAGCAGAGGGAUAUAUGGCAAUGCCAGAAACUCCUCUGGGAGAAAAGAAGGCUUACCUGCUAAAAACUCUCGCUCAAAAGGACAAAGACAAGAUCAAUGUCCGUUCUCUCAGGCAAGCCAAAUCGAGACAAAUCCCUCUUCAAAGCUCGUCCAUAAAUAAGACUAAUCAGCAAAGUCUUCCAAAGAGAUUCAAGAAGUUUGAUAAACUUAGCAGGAAGAUUCAGAAGAGGGCUGAGGAACUAAAGGAUCUCAAUUUCGAUAAAUAUCUUGAGAAGUAUAAAGAGGGUCUGAAUCUUCAGAACAAGAUCAAUGAUAUUAUUGAUGACCAGAUGUUUAACAUUCAGGCUCUUCGAGAGCGGAUGAGAUCCGCCAUUGAAGAUUCUUCAUUCAAAACUAUCCAGAUCAUUAAUCCUAGUGAGAGUUUUGAGAAUGACUCUUUCACCUCUGAUUCUGAAUUCAACCGUGAGCUUGAUGACUCGGUGAUGUACCAGAAGUUCAUCACUGGUUACGACCAUAUCUUUUUAAAGAAAGUCAAAGGCUGGAAUAAGGACUAUAUUAAGGACCUUCAGUAUAACGAUUUAAAGAUCAAGAAAUGCAUCCCUGAGAAGUUUAAGAAGAAGUAUUUGAGAAAAUUGAAGUACAAAAAAUAA